GGCUUGUGCUGGGGGGAGGUUGCCCUUGGCCUUGGAGGUUUCCUAACUGUGUUGACACAUGCUCUCUCUCUGUGGCAGCCCUGGGCUUUAAGGUGAAUUUGGCCGCCCGCAUGAUGGUGUCCUACCCGGGGCUGGUGUCCUGUGAUGCAGAGACCUAUGCGGCCUCUCGCCUGCCCAGCGACUGCUUCAAGGAGUUGCCGAGGAGAAAGAUGAAAGGUGUUACCAAUUCCACCCCUGUCUAUCAAUACGUGGGGAUCACCGAGAAGCAGCAAUAUGACAGGGGUCUUGCCAAGGAGAGAUCAAGCUACGGUCCAUUGCAGGGAUGAGUGGAAAGCUUGGUCUUCUCCAGGAAGCACUUGGAGACGUGUGGCUGAAGAGCCCCGUUUUCCUCUGCAGAAAGAGCCAGGUGGCUCGCCCGUCAAACACUGCUGUCUGGGCAAACUUGAGCUACCGGGAGGCCUUUCUGGAUCUCAGUGCCUUCUGCUUUUGCACCGCAGAGUCGUCACCGUGGAACUGACAGAGGACAGUGUGAGGCAGCCCUUCUCUGCCAUCCGUGUGCUGGUGGCCAGGGCGCUGGGUCUCCAGGCUGGUGAAACUUGCAGUGACAGGCAGCGUGCUCUGCAGACCGUGCUCCAAGGCACAGUAGAAGAGAGCAGCUAUUGCCUCCUCAAUGACGUUUUCUUUGUCAAGUUUCCCAUCACGGACGAGGUUGGCAAGAUGUGUUGCGUUGAACAGGCCAGAGCGUUGCACCUGACUUGUACGCAAGUGCUACGGAAGGUGCUUGGAGGGGAAUUUGGCAUAUUCCUCAUCGACAACGCCCACUUCCUCGACCCUGAGUCCUGGGCUAUUGUGUGGCCCCUGCUCCAAAGCGUCACAGUCUUUGUGGUCCUGAGCUUAGCUUCAGGCCACGACAGAACAGAGGGCAUUUUCGAAGCUGCAGCAGACAACGCUACAUCCCAGAAAAUCACCUGUCGUCAUCUGGAAGGGCUGAAAGCUUCAGCUGUGGUGCAGAAGGCGUGCCGGGACCUUGGAGUGCGCAGCAUCCCCAGGGACCUAGCAAGCUUCCUGAUCCAGAGAAGCUCUGGCAUCCUGUACUACGGUGAGGAACUGCUGCACUACCUGUGUUCCAACAACAUGCUCUUGUUCCACACUGGGAGGCUGGACAAAGGAGGAGAGGACACCUGGCAGAGCCUGAUGGCCGAGGCAUCACCCGCUGUCGCAGCCACCUCGAGCUCGGGUACCGGGAAUGACAGCGAAAGGAUCUGUGCCGUCAAACCAGACGUGAGCCUGGAGAUCCCCAUGCUGCCAGCGGCCUUGAAAGGUGAAGGGCUGAGCGGCGCUUGUCCAGUUUGUGGCUGUGCUGGGACGGCUCUGAAACGACUUUUCGAUCCAAGAAGCACAGCCACCGCCGCCGCUGUUCACCGAUUCCCGUGAUGCGGCUCGGGUCGAGCAGUCGCCGGCCCCGGCCUCGGCGCCGCCGCCGGCGACGGCCUCGGCUCGGCCGCUGGCUCCAGCCCCGGCGCGGCUGCCGGCCCCGGACUUGCUGCCGGCGCCGUCUACAGCUUUGCCACAGGUCCGGGCUCCGUUCCCGGCCCCAGAGAGUAGAUCCCCCCCGCAGCGCCGCGACCAAGAUGGCGCCGGCCACGCUGCUCGCUUCUGCGUCAGGCACCACCCACCAGAUGUCAAUCAUCACUGAGGAAUGCGAAGGGGGCGUGUCGCAACACCCACCGUCGUCUUCGCCAAUCAUCGCGCAAGAGAAUCUCGGGACUCCUCCUCCGUAUCCGCCUCCCUAUCCACGUCUAUCAUUGUAUCCUUCAUUAGGUAAUGUUUCAGGGGCGGAAAUCGGAGAAGGCUGUAUCCACCCCCCAAGGGGCGGUCCGUUCACGCCCGUUUGUCCGCCCGAAGGAGGGGUUACAUCGGAACAGGCAAUGAUGCAAGGGGGGGGGAUCGAUGGGCGUGCACGGAUCGAGGGGGGAGGAGAGAGUGGGCGUAUUCAAGGCGGGUCCAGUGGGCGUGUUCGGAUUGCUGAUUGGGCCAAGAUAGCAGAAA